CAGUUGUUGCAUUGUAUUUGUGUUAAUGGUAGUUGUUUCACUGUAUCAUUGCAUUAAUUGGUGCAGGAUUACUAAACAUAGCAGUGUGAAAAGUUUGAGUAUACUAGAAUUUGAUUUAUCAUUAUUUCAGUGGAACAGAAAGUUUGGCAUAUACAGUUUUGUUCAGAAUCAAAUGUCUUCCCUGCCAAUGGGAAAAGUGGUUUUCAAUAUAAAGUGUAUUGCAAACACUGGGGGUUUUAUAUAAAGAUUAAAAAGUAACACUAGAUUAGACCAUCCUACUACCAUGAAGUUCUGUGUUGUAAUGCUCCUGAUUUUAUAAUGGCUGUAAUCUGGUAACACCAUUUUUGCAAACAUUUACUCAACAAGUGAAAGUCAUGCAAAGUGAUACAGAGAAUGGUUUGUUCAUGCAUGAUAUAUUGAUGCUAAUGUGAAAAACUGUUUCCCUUUUGCAUGGCUUUUCUGGCUGUGAACUGGUGUAGACGCUGUUUAUCCACUGCAAUUUUGAAGAGUUAAGGAACUUAGUGUGGAUAUGAUUUUGUAAUAUUUAGUUUAGAAUUUUUAAGAGAAGGAUAAACAGCGCCUCAUUGCUAAAAAAAAAAAAAAAAAAAAAAAAAAAGAAGAAGAAGAAAAAGAAUGCUGGAUUGUGUCAAGAUACUGUAUCUAGUGAUUAACUCCCCUGAUUUCCCAACUAACUCAUCCUAAACUUCAGAUUGGAAUGUAUCCCCCAUCAGAAAGGCCUGUAAUUUUUUUAAGCAGUGUUUUAGCAAAACACAAUUUUUUUUUUCUCUCUCUUUCUGUCAGUGUUCCAUCAUGCAUAGGUAUUUGAAAUUAAUCCACUAUUUUCCAGGCCACCUUGACAAAGCUUUCUCUGAGUGCGUUGCGCUUAGUAAGACUCACAGGACAAGCCGGAAGGGACCACCACCUGAAGUGCCUCCAAGAGUGCCUGCAGGAGAAAUGAAUGGGAUUGAACCUGUGGGGCAGAGAACUCUUGAGUGUGCUCAUUUGGUGGCUGAGUGGCAUCUGUGUCGAGGCUCACCCAUCAUAGCUGCUUGUGCCUUACUUGCUGUGGAUGAUGUCAAGGGUUCUCUUUUGAUGCUCCUACGAGGACAUGAAUUAGAACUAGUUGUUGCUGUGGGCAAACUCAUAUGUACAGACCCUUCAGCCAACAAUGACUCCUGUGCAUUUGAUGCUGACAUCUCAGCAAUUCAAGGACUAAUAGCAACAGCCAUGCGCUACCUUACUUACCGAGCUGUAAGGCUCCUGCUCUGGGAUUUGGCUGUUGAUUUGGCCAAUACGCUCCCACAGGGAACCAACCGAACAGUCCUGCUGGCGGAAGUACUAAUUGCUUUUAUGGGAGGACAUGAAGAACGAGAGGCCCUCUACACUCGAGCUGGCUUCCCAACACCUGUAGAGUGCCCAGAAAAAGCCAUUGGAUCAAUACUGGACCAAGUCUUGUACUUACUGCUGUCAACCCAACCUUAUAAAGGACUGAACAAAGCCUUGGAAUUCUUGCAAGACCAAAUUGUGGGAGGGAACCUUGACAGAGAGAGCGUAUGGUAUGUCCUGCGUCUGGUCCAGGCCAUCCCACUAACUCAGAAUGCAGCUCAGUGGAUGAUUCGGGCUGACCAGAAAGCAGGACUACUUGCAAUAUCAGCUUAUCUGGGUGCAAUUCGUGCAGCUGGACUGGAAUAUGGCUCAAUUGUGUUAUAUCUCCUGAGCCAUGCAAGUUAUCUGUUGGAGAAACACAGGCCUUCAGGUUAUGGAUUCCUGGCAGAACAUAUAGAGUUAGCACGUAUCAAAAUGGAGGAGGGAGACACAGACUGGGGUUUGAAUGUAGGUGGAAAUUUAGAAUUAUGGAGCGAUUUCAAAACCAGUCGGGUCAGCGGCUCACACCUCCCUAGGCAUUCAGAUGCCCAGACUUGUUGCAUAACCAAUACAAUAAUAAAGGGUCCGAGCUACUUCCUUGAGAAUGGUGAAUCGGUGAUGGGACUCAAUGAUGCUCUGAUGUGGGCCAAGGUGCACCCUUUCUCCCCUCUGGGCUCCGGCUGUCGUCUCAACCCAUUCUGAUCCUCAGGAGGAAUUUAGUUCUUAUCAUGCUUUCUCAUUUGGAGAUGGUAGAGGAGGUGUGCAAUGAAAUGAGAUCAACACAAAGGAAAGACUAUGUCUGGAAUUGAUUUUGAAGUGCCAUGCCUAUAUGUUAUUUUAAUAUUUAUUAUUGUUGGAGUUUUUAGAGUUAUUAUUACUAUUAUUAUUACUGUUAUUUUUAUCUUAAGAUUUCUUUUUAUAUACUUGUUAUUAUUACUGCUACUGUUAUUGUCAAUAAGAAUGUUACGUUCUAGAUAUUUGUUAGAAAAGAUAUUGAUAAAUCACUCUACUGUUUGCCUGAUGAAUAUUUUUUCUGCAUUUUAUUAUCAUUACUCAAUUAUAUUUUUUUGUUAUAUACCAGGGAUUUGCUUUAUGUAUUUUGAAUCAGGUAUUUUGAAGGUGAUUAAGCUAUGUCUUAGUCUACAGUAGAUGGAAAGUGUACAGAUCAUGUAGGAUACUGAUCCUUGUGGAUAGUAAAAGUUGUUUGCCAUAUGGUUUAAAAAACAAUAUCUUUUACAGAGAUAUAAAAUUGUGAUGGUAUAUUUGCAUAGCAAACAAACAAUAGCAGAUCA